CCAUUGAGCGCAUAAACACCAAACAGUGCUCAGCUGUCCCGCUCGGCAGCAACACGUAUUUAUAUUAUUUUCGAUAUUAUAAACAGUGCUGCAAAAGAGCAUUUUUCAUUUUUCUGUAGUAAAUACAUUUCUCACAUUGAACUAGUAGCUUUAUUUCCAAUCGUUAGUGUGGUUGCUUUUUUUUUAAGUUUUCGAUCAAAUUUACGGUAAAAUCAAUAGUUUUUCAAACGCGGUGUGGUAUGAUAUCUUGCACGGCGUGUUGUUGCUUUUCGAUUCAUGUAACAAAACGCACCAAAACGGAAUUAAAAUCUAUAUAAAAGAAAAAAAAACUUUAAUUUAAUGCAGAAACCCGUGAAAUUGGGCCAGUCCAAUAUCAUUUUAAUGUUUAGCUUAAAAAACGUUAUAUCUAGUUAGACAUUGUAUCUAUAUCUAGAUAUAGAUUUUGUAUAUUAUAUGAUACGUAUGUUUACGAGAAAGAAAAGUGUGUUGUUUGUUUUUAUAAUGCAAUUCUAAUGUGAUAUAAAUGUUAAUUAAUUGACGAUAUAUUCAUGCAUAUAUACCGAAUCUGCGUGAGUCUAGGUAUAUAUAUAGAUUUGUGUGUUUUUUACGCAAAUAAAUUAUCGAAAUAAUAAAAUAAAAUUGACAAUAAUUUUGCAAUGAUUCAGCAAUUUAAGGAAGAGAAAAUUGUGUAUUUUAAUGAUAUAUUGGAAUAUUAAUGUGGUACGCAACAUGUGCUAUAUUAGAUAUAUAUACAAACGGACAUAAUAAUAACAUUAGCUGAAUCGUUGAUGUGAUUUAAAAAAAAAACUAAAACAAAAAAAAAAUACUGAGAAGCUAUACACGCGCAUAAAUAUAUAACUUUAAUAUAUAUAAUAUUCAUCAUACAGUGUUGGGCAUGAGUAUAAAUUAAUAAAUACUGCGCUCACAUAGAUACAUAUUCUCGAGAAACUUUAUAAUUUCAAACAAAUGUGAACUGGUGGAUUGGAUAAUAUAAAUAAUAAUAAUUAGUUUUCUAUGUAAAAUUAAAAAAAUAAAUAAAUAAUUAUUUAAGGCCAGUAAAUAUACUUGUUCUAGUUUUUUAUUUUUCGUUUCUGUUUCUAUGUACAUAAGUUAGUGUUGUUGCUGAUGUUGUUUUAUUUUUGUGAUUAAUGUCAUUUCGUUUGGAUUCUGAGUGUAUAUGAUUUUAGUGGUGGAUGUGUCAAUAUAAGGAUUUCUUCACAGCUGGGAAAACCGACGAGAUACAAUAAAUAAUUUUUUUUCUGCCGUUAAAAUUAAAUGGUUUUCAUGAAUGAGUUCGGGACAUACCCUCUGCCAGCCAAAGAGGCGGAGGGCCCUCCUGUACAAUUGGAGCCAGUAGAUCUAAGCGUUAGAUCAACAACAGAUUCAGUUGCAGACUCUGACGCUUCACCAAUCCACCUGCCUAAAUCGAAUGUAUUUCAAUUUCAAAAAUACAGCUUGAUACGAAAGCAGCGCCUGAAAGACGCUUCACCUCUAGCAGCUAAAAUCCGCAACAAUAACAACAACAGCAUCAACAGGAACAACAACCCAAAUAACAUUUCUAGUAUUCAAACCAACAGUACAGCAAUAGUGGACAAAUUUGAGGAGCCAGUAACUACACUAAUUACACCAAAACCCACUAGAGUAUUAAUGCAAAACUACUACACCAACAACGAUGUGAUUCAGUCCAGUCCGAAGCAUUCGGCUAUCGAUGCUACGAAAACAAAAUUACGAGGCAACCAUUCUAUUCCCGAAAUUCUUACUGCACAGGAUAUCAGUAAAAGUCUUCGGAAAGUACAUCGAUGCGAUGCCAGCGGUUGCAACAAAGUUUAUACGAAAAGUUCACAUCUUAAAGCUCAUCAACGUACGCACACAGGUGAAAAGCCGUACAUCUGCACCUGGGAAGGUUGUGUAUGGCGUUUUGCUAGAAGCGACGAAUUAACGCGUCAUUUUCGAAAACAUACAGGUCUGAAACCGUUCCGUUGUAAACUGUGCACACGUACAUUUAGUCGAUCCGAUCAUUUGUCGUUGCAUAUGAAACGACAUUAGAAAAUUAAUUUUAUAUUGAGAUUAUUAUUGCAAAUUUUCAUUCGGUUAAUUUUGUAAAAUGCAUAUGGGCUAUUAUAACGUAUAUCGAUAGUUACAGUAAAUUGACGAUGUGUUGUUAGAGACAAAGAGAGAUACAAAAAAUAGUAAAUGUGAAAAACAAGUAUUUUAAAUGUAAUUCAGUAGAACAUAUUUUCAGUUUUUUUUUAAAUUUUUAUUUUUAAUUUAUGCCAGUUGAGAUAUUGGGCCAGUCUUU